UUCUUUCGAACAUCAUGGCGCAGCAAGGCAGACGCGCGACGCGGCUAACUCGUGCUCAAAAGAACGUGGUUUUUAACUUUAUGAACGAAAACCCGCGCCUCGCGCGCGACCCCACGGACCUCACCAUGCGCCUGAGCAGCGACGAAAAAGUGCGACUCUGGCAUGAGCUGACCGAGUGCCUAAACGCGCUGGGCCCCCCGACCAACACUUUCCGAGGUUGGAUGGCUGCGUGGUCCCGGCGCGUCAUGAAGGCGCAGCGGAAAGCUGAACAGCUCGCGGAAGAAUAUAGGCAAGCGAGUGGCGGACCAGGCGGACGCGCCCGUGUGCGCCCGCUAUCUUCGUCCCACGCCUGGAUAUUGACGCUAGUGGGCGACGAUUCGGCGUACAGGACCCCGACGGGCUUUCGCUGCCGCACCUACAAGGACGAAGACGACCAACAGAAGAAACCUGCGAGUCUGCCGGAGCAGGAUCAGCGGGACACGGCGGCCUCGGAGGAUGCGGGGCCAAGAGUGUCUCGGGCCACACCCCAGCGGGCGAGGCACAACGAGGCCUCCCUCGAGACUGUCGUCCGGGCUCUCCGCCAGACCGCGGAACAGUGUGCACGCCAGCACCGAGAGAAAAUGGCAAGUGCUGCCCAGGAGAGGGAGCUCCAAGGCCAGCUCUUGCACCGCAUGAGGGACCUUACCGACGCCAUGCAGGAGGCGACAUCGGAACGCCAGAACACAAACCGAAUACUUCAAGGCCUGCGCAACUUGCUGACCAGUCGCCUUGGUUACCCCAGCAACUAACAGCCCGUCUUUCUUUUGUUGGUCUGCCAAGCCAGCCUUUCAUUUAUUAUCCGUAGUUUUUUGUUUAUAACACCAGGGGUGUAUUUAUAAGUCAGGCUUGGGGGGCAGGUCUGCAGAGAUCUGACGUCACGGGUGAAGCAUUGCCCAGAUUUGUCUUGUUGACUAAUAUUUGUCAUUUCAACACAAACUAAACAUUUAUUUAUCAAAAAAAAAUUGUAUGUCAUUUU